GGAGCCACAUCGACGUGUGGCUGCUAAUCACUUUACCUACAACGCCUAAACAGCCUGAGCUUCAGGCACCGGCACUGCACUGCACCAACUCACCACCACCAAGCAGUUAGGGACCUCCGGGCCUACCUUAGGCACCUGGGUCAGUUACUACAUGUGUUUACUUCUUCAGUUCUGCUUUGCGCUUGCUACUGUUAUCAAAACCACGUUUUGCUCUACCUCCACCGGCACGAGGAGAAUCUGAUAGUAACGUGGUGUUCUCUCAAUGUCGCUCUACAGUGUCAGUCUACUAUGUUGUACACCCACUGCCCUAACCAUCAUCAUCCUUCUAUCAUAGUGGGCGCCUCCACAAUGCCCUGGAAGGAAUUUCACUUGCCGUAACAGUCAAAAUCCGAACGAGCAUGCUGCCAUCAACCCCACACAUUGGCACUAUUCCUCUCAGGAGCGGAUCAAGAACAGCUUCACCUCUGGGCUAAACACGCACUACCUGAUCCAGCCUCAUAACAGAGACGGAGCGUGUUCUCGACCUGUUGGAAAUGCAAACGCGAAGGAUUUGUUGGCUCUACCAAAGAAGGGUAAUACCCAGAGGGUCGAUAUUUCCACGAUCACGAUACCUAACAUUUGAAUUGUACUGUGUGUAUACUGUACAAUAUUGUACAAUUAUUUUGGACCUGUAUCUCCAACACAAACAGUGGCGCCUCGUGAACUGUGGAUGACACCGGAGCAGCGUUCAUACCGGAAUCUGUAUCGAGUUCCGAACAAACAACCCCUGGGGAAGGCGACACUGAUGUUAGUGACAGAGCGAAGCGCUGCUGCAACUUGUACUUAUUAAUGGCAGAGUUGAAAGACACGAUUCAGAGCAGCUACACCACUACUACAAUGACCUGUAUCCAAACACCCGCCGGAUCCGUUGGACGGUAUAAAUAUCGUGACGCUUAUUAGUUAGCGUCACUGGCAUCUACACAGAAUCUGAUGAUUAUCUUUCUGCUGCUGUGAAAACAUUCCCGACAUUCAGCUGUCCACGCCUGUCAAGCCUCUCCGUCCGUGUAUGCCACGACAAUGUGAUGUUGGACAACGACUUGGACCAAGGCCAACCUUCCAUCUCGCCCACCGCCAGUCGCAUUGCUGCUGGUUCUAAACGGACCGUCGUCAACUCUCACUGGCAUGCCGCGCAGGCAACCGCCCUACUACUGCUGCUAUUACUAACAGCGCAGGCCUCAACUCCGAGUUAUUGGCACAAGGCAGCCUUAUCAAUACUAAGGCCGUGUAUUUCUGACCGUCGAUUGCAUGUUUCGUGAACAUCUAUGUGAAAUAUCUCCUCUCGCAAUCCGUCUUCAUCACUGCUCCAACUUGGAUGCAAACUGGUGCCUUCCAGAUCGUCGCCUACCAUGGACCCCUCCACAUCAAGCGCUCCAUCAGACCGGCUCAUUCCCGAGCUUCCCAAUGAAAUACUUCUCAUCAUUGUUCAACAUUGCCCUCGUGCUACACUGAAGAACGUCCGUUUGGCUUCCAGGGGUCUGGCUCAAGUGGCAGAUCCCUAUCUUUGGCGCAAGGUCGCCUUGGUCCCUAACGAAUACUGCAUCUACGGCUUCUUGAACGCGGUCAGACGCUUUCAGAUCUUGGGUCUUGUCACUAAAUUAACCUAUGAUGCCCGGUUUGGCGGGUUCUUCCAAUGUAUGAAGCACAUUAAGCCAGACCUUGCGCGACCUCGAUCGGAACAGGAGAAGGCUUCCAUAGAGUCAAUUCUCGAUCGGCUUUCUGGCGGUUGCUUUACGCCGCAUGAGGACACGGGCAUCGAGGUCGCAAUCCUCUCCAUGGCUUUGAGAGCACUGCCCAACCUGCGAGAAAUUCGUGUCGAGGACUACGAUGACGGCGACAUGGAGCCCUACCCGACUAAGAUCCCCCAAUUCUAUCGUUUGAUUGCCAGGUCAAUCAAGGUCAAUCUGGACACUAAAAAUUGCAGACAGUUUGUUGGCGCUCAUGGGAGGUCAUACACCAAGGGAAUAUUAACAGCCGCAUUUUCCGCGGGAUCUCGAUUACAGGCUAUCAAGCUGAAAAACUUAGAUAGCCGUCCCUUGUUCGGCGUGGCGCCCAAGGAUACAUCGGCAGCUUACCAGCAACUCAGGAUCUUCAAGAAUUUGGUGCAGUAUGCACACUUGCUGGACCUGUCCUUCCUCAACGACACCUUCAUCACCACUGGGCGUCACAUCGAGUCUGUCCAGACUCUACUGAGAUCAGCGAGGAGAGUGAAAACCCUCAAACUAAGGUUGACCGACUACAGUAUUAACAUUCCUAAGUAUUCUGAUGAAGAAGAGGUGCAGUCGGAUCUUGGCGCCCUCCUCCAGAGUCCCAGCGGAAGCUGGAUAUCUUGCGCUAUGAUGCCGCAGCUCCAGGCAUUGACGAUUGAAGCGUGCAUAUGCCAUGACGAUGAUCUGAUGCACUUUUUAAACAUCCAUGCCUCUACUCUUCGGCGCCUCGAACUUUCCAACAUGACUCUUCUGGGAGUCCAUGAUCGUCGGGAAUGCUGGGUUAAACUGAUCAAAAGCCUGAAGCGUCACCUCAAGCUGACUUCUAUCUCCUUCAGUGGCUGGUUCAGCAACGGCGGCCGCCAACAAUGGUUCGUGGCCAAGGACAGCGUCGGGACCCGCCGACUAAAGGCUCGCGUGGAGAGAUACGUGGUUGAUAGUCAGAUCCGCGAGUGUCCUUUGGAGUGUGUUGCCAUCCAGCCGAACGAGAGCGACGUCAACAAGCCUGCUAGCGGUGAGGAAAUCGAGGGGGACGUGACUUGGGCCAUGGUCUACACGAAGCAUCCUAUUGAAUCAAUGGAUUGGCACCCGCAAGCACCAUCGUUCAUCGUUUCUUCAGGCGCCUCCUCCAGCCCUUCUCCUCCUACGUCGGUCGGCGACGUCAAUGAUCUCGCGGAGGAGUGUGCAUCCCAUUGGGAUGACCCUGACGAGCCAACGACAAUUCUGGAAGACUCAGACGACCUGGCCCUCCCCUUGGCUCACUUUGGUGAAUUUCCUCUGCCUUCCCACAUGGUAGAAGCCAAGCAGCUGUCCCCAAUAUUUCAAUCCCAGCUCCAGUCACCUCCACCCCUACACACGGGUGUGCCAGAGACGUCUUCACAUGAUGGGGCAUCGCCCCCAAUAUGGAGUUUUCCACUGCCAAAUAUACAAUGUCCCGGGAUGAGCACAAAGAAGGCAUGAUGCAAUAUGCCAGUCUUUGAUGUAGGUGACUUCGAGGAUUCAUCCGGACUUUUGUCGUCGCGAAACAUUCCACAAUACGACGAAAAACAAAUGGAUUUGAGCGAGAGAUGCACUUGGCCUUGGGACGGAGUUAUGUGUGUUUUGCGUGUGGAGUUUUGGCAGAAAAGGAACUGGUCUUGCGAGUACUUCAAUGGUUGGAUUGGACCUGCAAUGGUUGGAUUGGACCUGCGUCAGGGAAGGGGCGGCACUCGACGAUGUGAUGCGAUAUGAACGAUACGAAUGAACGGAUUGAGCGAGUGUCCAAUUCAGAGCAGCAGAAGGCUUGUUCCUGUACUCCUUGUAGGGGGUUGACCUUCUGGUUUGCUAUUUAGUCACGACGGGCGAGUAAACAUGUGGAUCACGGAAUGGCACGUCCCUUUUUUAAAAGAACCUUUUAUGCGGCUGAAUAGGCAGACGUAUAAAGCAGGUACAUACUAGCAGACUAGCAGACCAUCCUGUUGCGCCAAUUGAAGGGUGUUGAUAUGCCGACCAA